AUGGCUAAUGAUGAUGAUGAUGAUGAUGGUAGUGAUAUUAGUAAUUAUGACAUUGAUCUCAUCGAUCAUAGUCCUUUUCCUAAUGAUUGUCAAAGUGAAGUUCAGAGUAUUGAAUCUCUAUGCCAAUGUUUUAUGCAUCGUUACAAUGCUUGUCCAGCUUUUUUCAUUGGUUCUCUUGAAGAAGCAUGUCAAGAAGCUUUCAGUUCAAUAAUAAUUAAAGAACGUCGUCCAGUUCUUGUCUACAUACAUCAUGAUAAAAACUUAUUAACAAAUAGAUUUUGUUGGAAUAUACUCUGUUCAGAAAUGAUUAUUGAUUAUUUACUUGACGAUUAUAUUGUUUGGCCAUGGGAUAUUACAUUUGAAUCAAAUAGAAAUAUAUUGAUAAAAAUCUGGAAUAAGAUCUUUCCAAGUCAAACUUCGAUUGAUUUUUCUCUUGAACAAUGUCCAAUGCUUAUUGGUAUAAUGCGAGAAUCUUUAUAUAAAAAAGAUUCGUCAUCAACAUCAGAAUAUGAAUUUACAGUAUUGUUUAAAAAUGAAACUUUGACAAGUACUGAGGAGAUGUUUAGUCUAAAAUCAAUACUCAAAGAAUUGUCUAUAUUUAAAGAAGAAUGUGAUGAUAAUGAACAAGCUUUAUCUUUCGAUUUGAUUAAAAAAAGUGAUCUUUCUUGGGAAGUUAUUAUUGAAAUAUGCAAAUAUCUCUCAUUAAAUGAUGCAAUCAAUGCAUUUUCUUCUAAUAUUUUAUUUUUUCUACGUAAAUUGAAAGCAAAAGUACAUAUUGAUGAUCUUAGUGAAAUAUUUAUUAAUACAAUUCUUCGAAAAAUCAAAUCUAAUCAAAUAAUUUCUUUGCGUCUGAAUAGUGAUGAGUCGAAGAUGUGUAUGAUAUUGAACUAUUUAUCUUUGUUCAAUAAUGUGAUCUCGCUUAAUCUUAUUAAUCUUGAAAUUAUGCAACAAAUCAGUGAAUAUGAAAUAUAUUUUCCCAAGUUAACUUGUCUUUCCCUUUGUUAUAACAAUGAAAUUGGUUUCAAUUUAUUACAAAAUGUUAUUUCUUAUCUCCCAGAAUCAAUUAGACGAUUUGAAAUUCAUUGUGCAGGUGUAUUAUGUACUCAUUAUGAUAUUGAUGAAUUCAAUAUAGAAUAUAUAUACAACUUUAACAUUGAAUAUUUUAUACUUGAUAUUGGUCAAUUUCAAUUGACUUCAGUCAAGGAAUGCUAUCAACAUUAUGAGUCAUGUUUUUUAAAUACAAUAUAUGAUAUAAUACAAUGGAUGCGCCGUAUUCAAUGUUUUCGUUUGAUUACCAAUAAAUACAAUGUGAAGAAAUUAUUAGGCAUAGACCAUUGGAAAACUUUUUUAUAUAAAUGUAAUUUAUUGAAUAAAAUAACAUUACAAGUGAUUGGAAGUAUAUUAGAAGAUGAUGAAAUACAAGAAAAAGUACGGGAAUUACAACUUAAAUUUGAUUGUAUACGACCAUCAAUCAAAUUUCAAAUUGUAUAG